UAAAACGUGCAUUACUUCCGCAAUGUCGUUUGAUGCUCUCUGUUGAUUAUUACUGUCUAGGGUUAAAGUGUGGAGGUUAGAGGUCUCAUCAGCUUGCGCAGCGACAACACGUGUGUGAUGAGAAUACAAAGAAAUAUUUAGAUAUGGCUGCCAUUUACUCUGGCAUUCAUCUAAAGCUGAAAAACCCACGCACAUCCUGGCCAGACAAACUGAAACUUGCUCGAUUUGCAUGGAUUUCAACUCAGUGCCUUCUUCCUAAUAAAGAGCAGGUUCUCUUUGACUGGACAAGUCAUGCCCUCACUGGUUUUUACAAUAAGAAAGUGGAGGUACCCCCGGAGGUGGUGGAGGGUUUAUGGAGCUACCUAGAUGACAUCAUUCACAGCCGGAAGCUGCAUAACGUGCUAAGUCAAGGAAAGACUGUUAGCCUACGUUUCACCGUAGCACAGAUGAUCAACGAGAGGAUUUCAGAAUGUACUUCGGGGGUCAGUUCUGUGAGUCUUUACACUGUACUGAACUGUUGCAGUGGCAUCUUAACAUCACCAGUUCUCUCUGUGACUUACACUGCAAACUAUGAGCUGUUGGUGGAGCUCCUGGCUCGACUCUGUGGCUUAUCUAGCAUGCAGCUCAGGCAGCAGAAAUGUGAGGAGCCUCUUUCACUCAAAGUCUUUGAAGUUCUUCUCCAUGUUCUCAGCACCUACCUCACAGUUCAGAAACAGCAGGCGAACUCCAACCGAGUGUUUUCUCAAGUAACAUCAAAACUCCUUCAGCCUCUUUUGCUGCUGAGACACUUACUGAACACGAGGGUGUGGACCGAGAAGGACGACGUAAAGAUUCGACAGAACCUGAGCAAGGAAAUCCGAAGCAAAGUAGAUGCUGUUCUCCAGUCAGCUCUCUUUAUCUCUGAUCAUUUACAGUCUUACAAGGAAGAACUUUUACCAUCAGAGGAUGAAGCUGGUGCCAGAAAGAGCCAUGCAGGCAAGGGUUUGCUUGGCCCUGUCAAAAUGAUUCUGUCAAAACUUUGCAUCCAAGGGGACAGCAAUGAGGAACGGGUGUUAUUUUAUGCUGUUAAGUCAAACUCCCUUCCUCUGCUUUUCAAAUUUGCCCUAGAUUCGUUUUGUAAAGGGGGAGAGCACAAGCUAGUGGCCUUUCAUCUCAUGACUAAGCUUAUUACUGCUUUGGGCUUCACAGAUGAGCUAGAUAUUGAGAAGACGUUCAGUGCAUCGAACUGGGGACUCGCUUUGCUUGCUCUGGAGCACUUACUAAACUUCUGUUUGGCUGGUGAUAUAUAUAAUGUGGCUGUAGACAAAAUACAACACAAAGAGGUGCAGUUUAAUUUCUACAGGAAAUUGGCUCGCCUUUUAUUUAACAAUGCCCAGGUGAGCAUCCCAGCCUGGUAUCGCUGUCUCAAAUCUCUUCUCACUCUGAAUCACCAUAUCCUGGAGCCAGAUUUAGAUGAGCUUCUAUCAGCUGUGUGGGUUGAUGCGGACAACACGGAAAUACGUGUUAGGAAAGCCAGUGAAGCACUUGUGUCGGCUGUUUUGCAAACUUACGCCAAACUCCGACAGCUGCCGAAGCUUUUCGAGGAGUUGCUUGAUGUGAUCUGUCGGCCAGCGGCGGAUGAACUGAGACCAGCGUUGUUGUCCGUCACUAUACAGAAGUCCCUGAGUCAGUGUUUGCUGGACACCCCUCCAAGUCAAAAUCUUGAAAUCUGUUGGCUGAUUUUAAAAAGAAUUCAGUCUUAUCUGCUUCCCCACAUGGGAGAACAAAUUGGAGAUUUGGCCCUGAAAGUGUUUUCCAUGAGCUUGCUGCUUAAUGCUGUUUUAUUCAGUUUUAAGACCCUGGACAACAGCACCCCAGUGCCAAUUGCGAAACAAACACAGAAUCUGAUGGAGGAGAUGCUGAACGUUGUUACAAACUUGCUGAAACAGUUUGAGGAGAAUCUUGUCACAGAAGACAAAAUCCAAGACGUGGCCCUUCUUCUUACUCACACAUGGGUGGAGGUAGACACCCUCUUCCAGAUACACUGUUUCAGAUACACAUCACAGCAUGUCACAACUAGUUUAGUGGAGAGAGCCCUGAAGAACGUAGAGGAUCAUGACUUGAGUCCACUUGUUAAACUACUUCAAAAACUCCUUGCGCUUCACAAGCUGAAGAUAAACUUGCUCAAAUCAUCCACUGUAACAUCAGAUGAAGAUUCAACAAAUAGAAAACUGUUAGCCCAAUUUAUUGUAAGCAGGCAUGAGCUUUCAGUACAGCUAAACAACACUGACCAAAUCUGGGACCUCCAGCUUUGUAGUAUUAACAGCAACACUUACAUGCCAGCCCAAUGGUUUCUCAUAGCCUCAAACUUUCCAUUAAUAAUCCCGUAUCUUGCACAGAAAGACAUAUCGAAAUUAACAGACUUCAUGCUUAUGUCUUUGCUUGAGAGCUUUCGUGCCUCUGGAAACAAUUUGGACAACACUGGGGUCUCUGUUUCCCUAAUAUCCAGACAAUUGCUUGAAUCACAAGUUAUUUGUGAACUCCCUGAAAUGUACUCCGCGUUGAUAAAGUGCAUCAUCAAGGCAUUUUUUGCACUGCUUGACCCUUCGCAUGUGCACUUGAUCAGUCCUUCUUUUUUAAAACCUUGUGCUGAAAUAAGUAUGGAUGUUGAAGAUGGAGAAACCAGCGUGACACCUUCUCUAAAGCGUCUGAAAGCAAUCAGUGAGGAGAUUUUAAACUCGAUCAAACUGAGAUCUUCAAUACCUCUAUCAAAAACGCAGAUAGGUGGUUUCCUAUCACUGCUUAAAGUCACACGUAUCCUGAAUGGAUAUGCGAUGACCCCUGAGGAUUAUUCAGAAGUUUUUCUCUGCUUAUUCAUGAUGACUGUUUGUGUCCAGUGUGAUGAAAGUGUAGAGCUGUCAGAUGCUAUUGAAUUACUGAGAGAGCUUUUUAGUGUUAUGACCGCUCUCCUAAUUGUCACAAAUUCAAUUGCCAUCCUUAAAAUCAUUCAUGGUAGCAGUCUCUUAGAGGCAACUAUGACAUUCCUCUUCACUCGAUGCAGCAAGGCCUUCCUCAGGGAUGUGGAUGGACCCAACUGGUUAUCUCUUCUUCAGUCAGUUCAAGACUUCAUUCAAACUCUUAUCCAGCUCAUAAUCGACAGAAAAAGCAGCAUGUGCAUCAAUCUGGAGAAAUUUACCUCUUUCAUGGUUAAAAGUAACAGCGUUGCGGGGGUCCUGUUUGUAGAUGCAGAGAAAUCAAAGUGGGGGCUCUGCAUCUUACAGCUCCAUCUGGUAACUUUAAGCACGCUCUGCAAAGAAUUGAUCGUGACGCUGGGGAAGAGUAAACAGCUGGAUGAGACUCUGACUCAUUUAUUAGAAAUGGCCACAUCUGUCAUUGAGCCAGCCAUUCAGUCUGUACUGAUGGGUAAGGGAAGUGGUGUCCUCAGGCAGUCCUUCUCUGUUGAAGUUGUCACUGUCAUGCUCAAAAGUGAACUAGGUAGAGUUUGUCACCUGGUUCAGAAGAGCUCCGAGGAGGACGGGCUGGUGAAAAUAUCUCGUAUGUCAUUCUACAGGAGCUUUUUCCAGCAGAUAUUAAAGGAGCUGUGUCCAUCAGCGCGUCCAAUGGACUUCCUUGUUUCCUCCAUUAACUAUCUUUGUGCAUUUUAUACGGCUGCAAAAAAGAUCAAAGCUGAAGAUCUUGGAGAAAUCCAUGCUGAGAUUUUGAGAAGCAUCCAUGCGUUGCUGUCAGGGUCUUGGAUGUCUGUAUCAGAGGUGAAGGAGCUGGAGGGAGCAGUAAAGGAGCUGCUUGAUAAGCUAAUGGAUGACUGUACUGAGGAGCAGUUUCAUCUGUUACUGAUGAUUCUUAGAGACGGGCUUGUGGUGUCGAAGGUUGAAGAAGGACAUCACAAUGAGAUUCUGUCAGCUGUGACUCUAACAAAGCUACUCGCAUGCUGUCUGUUUCCAGAGCAUUGCUCAAAGGCGUUUUGGCUCAUCACUCCACAAUUCAUAUCUACUUUCAUUUUUGUAAUAAAGGAGUCCAGCAAGCAACCUCCUCUAACCCGUGCACUGACCAUACCAACCCUGGAGGCUUUGACCGUCCUGCUCCGUCAGGGUGAAACAAAACUCUCAAAUCCACACCAUGUUGUUAUGGUGCUGGGUGCUCUGCAGUUUGUGCCUCUUGACAGCCAUUCGAUGGAAGAGUACCAUGCUGCUUUUGAGGCCAUCCAUGAAGUCUUAUUUGCAGUUAUCUUGUGCUACCCUCAGGUGAUGCUGAAGGCUUUUCCCAUCUUCCUGAAUUGCUUUUAUCGCCUGGUUUCUUCGGUCAUGCAUGAAGGCAGACAGAAGGGAGAGACUGACAGAGCCUGUGAGAAAGACAAAGAAAAUCUCCUGAAGUGUGCCAUGCUGGUGGAGAGGAUGUACACUCAUAUUGGCAGUGUUGCUGAAGAUUUUACAGUCAUGUCUUCAUUUAUGGUGGCACAGUAUGUCAGUGCUUUACAAAGGGUGACACUUCAGCCAGAAAUCAAGGCACAUCUGACAGAGGGAAUAUAUUGUGUACUGGACCGCUGUGUUGAACAGGACAUAAAGUUUUUGAACACCACACUUCAAAUGGGAGUUAAGGAAGUGUUCAGUGAACUGUACAGUAGCUACACACACUAUCAUAAAUCUCAAAGGCAAGGGGAAGAAAAGUAUACUGUCUAAUGUACAUUUAUAUGUAGAAGUGUAUCCUCAGCCUCAAACUAUCUGUGUAAAAUAUCUGUAAUUAGUUUUUACUUACACUUGAAUGUACUAUGUCAAAGGCAUGUCAAGCUUGCAUUUGUACUUUUGUAGUCAAACCUAUUUUUACAAAUGUUUAAAAACAGAAAUGAUGCACCGCUUCCAAAAGGAAAAAUAUAUAUAGUACAUGAACAAAACUUAAAAUGGUCAUAAAUUCAUUCAAUGUUACUAGCUGUUAUGGUUAACGUGAGUUUCAUUUUUAAGAAAAUAACAGUUGAAAUUUAAAGAAGAAUUUUUGUGAAAUUAUUUUGAUUAAUUUGAGACAACUAUAAUGCUUGCAACCCUGAACACCCCCCCACACACACACACACACAACUCUUAAAGGGUUAGUUCACCACAAAAUUAAAAUUUUAACAUAAAUCACUUACCCCUGUGUCGUUCUAAACCACCAAGUCCUUUGAUUAUACACUCGAUGGCACUCUUACCCAAUAAACAAAAAAAACUAAAGCAAAAAAUGUA